UCUACCAAACCAAUCACACAACACCUGUUCUUGCAAAUUCCCCAUCCAAAAUUCGACAGAAUUCUGAGUAUUUUAUAAUUAGGGGCGAGUGAUUCUGAAUUAGCAUUUGCUGCAAAAUCACUGCCAAGUCCAUGGAGUAGAAUCAUGAAGUCAAUGCCUAGUCGAGCAUUGUUCUGAGUCUCCAUCUUCCGCCAAUUCGCUUGCAAUCUUUCAAACUUGAUCGUCAGCUUCAUCUUCUUCAACAAUGUCUCGGUCUCUUCUUGAGAUCGUUAUCGUUUUGGUGCUUUUAGGCUCCCUUCGCUUCUCAUGUCGUCUUUCUACUGCUUCUCCUCUCAAUCACCGCUACAUUGUCGGAGAUCCAAUUCCGUUAUUCGUCAACAAGGUUGGACCUCUGAACAAUCCCAGCGAGACCUACCAAUACUAUGAAUUACCAUUCUGCAGUCCAGAUUCAGUAGUUCAAAAGAAAGCAACCUUAGGGGAGGUUUUAAAUGGUGAUCGGCUGACCGGCGCCUUGCAUGGGAUGAAAUUUAGGGAAGAUAAACCUUGGGAGACUCUGUGUGAAAAGAAGCUAAAAGGUGCUGAAGUUUCACUGUUUAGGGAAGCUGUCAGGAAUGACUUUUACUUCCAAAUGUAUUGUGAUAAUCUUCCUGUGUGGGGUUUUAUUGGCAAAAUUGAUGAACAGAGCUGGACCCUGAACAAGCAGGGGCCAAGAUAUUAUCUUUUCACACAUAUUCAAUUUGAUGCUUCCUUCAAUGGGAACGAAAUCGUGGAAGUUAAUGCCUUCAGCGAUCCAAAUCAUGUCAUUGAUAUAACAGAGGAUGUCGAACUCAAUGUUAAGUUCACUUAUUCUAUUUUUUGGAAUGAAACUUCUGCUCAGUAUGGAGAUAGGAUGAACAAGUAUUUGAGGGCUUCACUACUGCCUAUCAGUCAGAAAAUCCACUGGUUUUCAUUCCUUAAUUCAGUUGCUAUAAUCGUACUGUUGAUGGGAUUGCUUACUUUGCUUUUUAUGCGCCAUCUCAAGAAUGAUUUGAUGAAGUGUUCUGGUGGUGAUGAAGAGGAUGAAAGAGAGGUUGUUUGGAAAUAUCUUCAUGGAGAUGUAUUUAGAUGUCCUCCAAAUUUGCCCCUCUUUAGUGCUGUUUUGGGUGUCGGUACACAGCUGCUGACUAUGAUUUGCAGUUUAUUUCUUCUGGCGUUUCUAGGAAUCCUUUACCCAUACAAUCGUGGAUCAUUAAUCACCUCCAUUAUUGUGAUCUAUUGUCUUACAUCAGUAGUUACUGGAUAUACAUCUGCUUCUUUCCACUGCCAGUUUGUCGAGAUUGGAUGGGAGAAAAGUGUUAUUCUAUCAGCGGUUCUGUAUUUGGGGCCAUCAUGCUUCAUAAUUUCUAUCCUAAAUAUUGUUGCUAUAUCCAAUGGAACUACUGCAGCACUGCCUAUUGGCACCAUCAUAGUGAUUCUUAUCAUAUUUACUUUUAUCAGCCUCCCUUUGCUUGCAUUCGGAGGGAUAAUAGGACAUCGAUUUAGAUCCGAGUUUCAAGCGCCUUGCGCCACCAAGAGAAACCCGCGAGAGAUUCCUCCUUUGGCUUGGUUCAGAAAACUUCCUUGUCAAAUGUUCAUUAGUGGUCUGUUGUCAUUCAGCGCAGUUGUUCUUGAAUUACAUCACUUGUAUGCAAGCAUGUGGGGGUUCAAAAUUUUCACUCUUCCAAGCAUUUUGUUCAUCACAUUCAUCAUCCUUGUCGUACUCACUGCAAUCUUGAGCAUUGGUUUGACUUACAUUCAGCUGUCGGUUGAAGAUCAUCAAUGGUGGUGGAGAUCGGUGUUCUCCGGGGGCUCAACGGCCAUCUUUAUGUUUGGAUAUUGCAUAUACUUCUACGCCAGAUCGAAUAUGAACGGUUUCUUGCAGCUAUGCUUCUUCAUAGGGUAUAAUGCUUGUUUAUGUUACGCAUUCUUCCUGGUGCUGGGAGUCGUAAGUUUCCACGUUUCAUUGUUUUUCGUUCGUCGUAUUUACAACGCUGUCAAAAGCGAAUGAGUUCAUUUGAGUUUUGAUUUCUAUCAUCAUAUUGAGGGAAGAAGGAUCAUCCACUUGAAGAGAUUCAUAGAAAGAAGGAAAGAAAAGAGGCGUUAGUUAUUGGAUAAUCGUCAUUUCUUGAGUUGUAGAAGAUGAAAAAUCUGUUGGACUAAGAAUCUAUGUUGAAUUGCUCUUUAUUUGGAACUAUAAUGUUCGUUCUUAAGAUUUUGGACAUUCUUUCGAAUGGUAAUUAUUU